AUGACUGAGUUUGAGGCAGGAGAGCGCGACGAAGUCAUGCCGGUUGCCGCGUCGGCAGGUCAUUCUCUCCCAGCGGAAAAUGACGCUGGAGACUCGGAACACGAGACAGCGGGCGGAGACAGUUUUUCAGAGUUCCCGAGGACGGCGGGCCGACAAGAAGAGCUACCGCGGGGCAACGAAUAUUCGCCUCCGCGAGAAGGUCAGGGUGAAACAGAGUCUCCGCCGGAGCGUCCUGCCGGGUUCUGCGGUGACGCGGUAGACAACGGAGACACCUUGAGAUCCUCAAAUGCCCGCAGGAGCCACGAGUUCACCGUGGGAGCUGAGCCAGGCGAAAUGGGAAACGUUCCUUUAAGAGACAGCCGACAAAGUUCGGCUGUAGGGGAAGCGGCUGCUGCUGCUGACAAUGGCGCAGCCGUCAGUGCCGAAGUCAGGCGACGCACAGGAUUGGCACCCCAAACGGAUGCCUCGUCUAGCACCAGACCAUCGGCAGCACACUCCUCACGAGGGUCGCUUUCCCGAGGAGGCUCAGCAACUGGGGAGGCCGUUCCAGGGCGUGAAAAAAACCAACAAGGCUCCGGAAACAAGAUCCAGCAUCGCGUCGCGGUAGUUGAGCCCUUUUUGAGUGAGAAGGAACAUGAUGGGUUCGGGUUUUCAGACUGGGGAUCUGCAGGCGCUUGGAACAACCAAGUAGAGAUAAGGCGGGCUGAGGCUGCAGACUAUGAGGAGGACCAUGUGAACGCCAUUCCAGGUCAAAUACCUCAAGAGCGCAGCGAGAAUCCAACGCCGACGCCCGAGCCUGCGACCAGCAUCAGGCAUGCGGAGUCUUCGCCUGAGCGAGGCAAUGCCAUAGGGGAAGGGGAGCUGAAGUCAGACGACGUCUCAGAAGUCAAGAGUCGCUCUUCGAUCGCCUCGCUCACCGCGCAGCCGCAGCGUCCGCGCCCAUCGGUGAAAGUCGUCGUCACGUCAGACAUGGAGGAGAAGGAAAACCAAGCUUCAAAGAGACCGACUUUCUUCGAAUCUCUUCUGCAGGAUCGCGACAUUAACUAUGGCGUCGAUAUCGGCAGACUCGACAAACUCCGAGUGGUGUCGUUUUCCGGCGGGCGCGUUUUCGACGCCGUAGAACUGGAGGAAAGCGGCAUCAUCGUGAAGGACCAGAAGCGGUUCGUGCCGUUUGACCGGUUGAGAGAGUUCGUCCAAGUAAUUGUCAACGACAUGGAAAAGAUGAAAAGACAGAGCAUCGACGCCAUAACUGAGAUGGAGUGGAAUUUCCGCAUUCUAGAUCAAAAGAUGAAAAAACGGUGCGAGUUUCAGGUCAAUGAAGUCAAGAGAAGGGCCCUGAGCAAGCUGUCCCUGCUGAAGACGAAAGUGCUGGAGCAUAAGGCUCAGAUGGAAUAUUUCGAAAACCAGUAUAAAGAGUUGAAGGAAAGUUUUGACGCGAGACUGCAGGAGUUCAAGGAACAGAUGCCAAGAGAUAUGCAGGAACUCGACGCUCACUGGAUGGAGAGGCUGGGAGAGCUGCAGCGAGUGCUGGACGCGACUCGAGAGGAGUUGAGGGCGAGUCACCGAGCCCAGCGAGAAGUGGGCGAGAAGAUGAAGCGGCUCAUGGACGAAAUAGUGCGCGCAGAGACCGAGCCCUUCGAUGCGUCUGUCAACAGCGUCUUGGCUGCGAAGAUGGGCGAUCUCCUCAUCAUGGUGCGCCUGCUGAUUAGCGACAGCUCUCGGGAGCAAGUUGCCCUUUUCCUCCAGCAGCUGACCAGCCAAGUCGUCGCAGACUACCAGGAGAAGCGGGCAGGGACGCUCGAGCACGAAAACGCGGUGCUGAAGGACGCGUGCGGCCCAGAGAUGCAGACGCUCAUCGAAAAAUACGAAAAGGAGAUCGCAGACCUGCAGCAAGCCUGCGAGGCGGCUCAAGCGUCCGCCACCCUCGGCGGAGAAGCAAGCCCCAAUCCUGCAGAAGUGCAGCGACUUCAGAACGAGCUCACCGUCCUGCGCGCUGAAAACAUGAUUCUCCGGAGACGAGCUGCCGGCGGCGACGCGGCGGGGGAUGCCUCUCCACUUCAAGACGAGACGCCCGCCGACAGCGGCGGCGCGGAUCCUCUGAUCAUCCAAGAUUUAUCGCGCACGAUCGAGGAACUGGAGAGACAAGUUCAGUCCCUUAAGAGUGAGAACGAACAGCUACAAACUCAGCUGGUCACAAUCGAAGAGGAGAAGGAGAAAGGCGGAGGCGCAGCUAUCGCGCAAGACGCGGCCGUCGCCAAGGCCGGGGGCGGAGCUGCCGCAAAGAUGGUGCAGCAGCUGCAGCAGAAAAACAAAGUGCUCGAGUCUCAAGUCGAGCCCAUGAAGAAGCGGAUUCGAGAGCUGGAGAUGGCGCAGAAGCGCGCUGGAGGCGACGACGAUCACAAGAUGAAGGAGCUGGAGAUGAAACUCAAAGACGCGGAGGCUGAAAAUCGCAAGCAGCAGAAACAGUUCGAGCUUGAGCUAUCUAAAAGCACCAAGGGAACCGGAAUGGAACUGAAAAAACUCGAAAACCAAGUGCAAAAGUUGACUGAGCGCGCAGUGAACGCUGAGACGACCCUGGAGGCCACGGAUAAGCAGCUGAAAGACACCUUGAAGGAGAGAGACGGUUUGAAGAAAGAUGCGGAGGACAUGAAAAAGCAAAUGGGCGCCGCGCAACUCAUCGCCGCGGAAGUAGAGACGCUGCGAGCCGAGACGAAAGGUCAGAAGGCCAAGCUGACUGAGCUCGAGGAAAGCUACAAACAAGAGAAGUUUUUGAGGAAGAAGUACUACAACGAAAUCGAAGACAUGAAGGGCAAGAUUCGCGUCUACUGCAGAGUCCGCCCGAUGGCCAAGUACGAGAUCGAGAAGCAGUGCAAGCAAUCUGUGUUCCCGGUCGACGAGUACUCUGUCAAGGUGCUCACAUCCAAGGGCGAGAAAGAAUUCAUGUACGACAGGACUUUCCCGCCGGACUGCACGCAGGAGGACGUUUACGAAGACACGCAGCGCUUGAUUCAGUCGGUCAUCGACGGCUUCAACGUGUGCAUCUUCGCGUACGGGCAGACGGGCUCGGGGAAGACGUUUACGAUUCAGGGGGGUGUUGGCAAGCCGGGGAUUGCACCUCGCGCGAUCAACGAUUUGUUCGACACGCUGAAUUCCUUCGAAAAAGGCAAAUUCAAAUACGAAGCGGAAGUCUAUCUGUGCGAGCUGUACAACAACCAGUUGAUUGACUUGCUCUUGCCUGAGGACAAGAAGAAGUCUCCGCCGGCGCUGGAGAUCAAGAAAGACGCGAGCGGGAUGGUGAUGAUCGCCGGCAUCACGAUGAAGAAGGUGGCGGACAAGGAGACGCUCGCGAAGACGUUUGCCUGGGGCCUCGAGGCGCGGCACGUCAGCGGCACCGCCAUGAACGCAGAGUCCUCGCGCUCCCACCUCAUCUUCUCCAUCGUCGUGCGCGUCGAGGACUUCGUCGCUGGAAAACGCACAACCGGCAAACUCUCGUUGAUUGACCUCGCCGGCUCAGAAAGAGUUAGCAAAAGCGGCGUGACGAAAGAGAGGCUCAUCGAAGCAAAGGAAAUCAACAAGAGCUUGUCUGCCCUCGGCGAUGUGAUCUCCGCGCUGUCUUCCGGGGAGGCCUUCGUCCCCUACCGAAACCACAAGCUGACGCAGGUGAUGAGCGACUCCCUUGGCGGGUCGGCGAAGACGCUCAUGUUUGUUAACAUAUCCCCGGCCGACUACAACACCGACGAAACUGUGACGUCGCUCAUGUAUGCUUCUCGCGUCAAGCUCAUCACAAACGAUGCCUCGAAACUAGUUGAGUCGAAGCAACUGGCAGCGCUGAAGGACAAGGUCAAGCUGUUGAAGCGCGCGGUGGAGAAACUAAAGAAGGGCGAAGAUAUAUCCGACCUUGAAAAACAAUUCAGCGAGACUGCGGAAGCGCCCACUCCGGAGCCUGAGGGCCCGCCGCCUGAAGAGAAAGACGAAGACUUCGAGGAGCCUCCAGACCUGCCGGCCGACUAA